AUGAAAUUAGGAUAUAAUGAAAUAAUGAUAACAUCAAUGUAUUUUAAUGACAUUGAAGAUUUUAUUAAUUUAGAAAUGGGAGUUAAAAGAUUUCAAGGAAAUAUGGAACGAUUUCAUUUUAAUCCAAUUUCUUUAAAUGAAUAUUCAAGAAAAUUAUUUACUAAUAUUGAAACAUUUCAUAUUUAUAAUAGAAGUGAUGAAAUAUUUAAUGAUGGAAGAAUAUUUAAACAAGUAAUAUGGUAUUUAGUAAGUUAUUCAGAAUAUUUACAAGAAAAAGAACAAGGAAAUAUCUGUAAAAAUAUAGUAUAUACACAAUAUGAUAGAAAAUCAUAUGGGAAUACAAUACCAUCAGAAGUUAAAUCACUUGGAGAUUAUUGUUUUGAUGAAUGUUAUGAACUAACAACAAUUAAUAUACCAACAACAAUUAGUAAAUUAGGAAAGUAUUGUUUUGAUGCAUGUAAAUCAUUAACAUCAAUUACUAUACCAACAACAAUUAGUAAAUUAGGAUAUUGUUGUUUUUAUGAAUGUACAUCAUUAACAACAAUUACUAUACCUUCAUCAGUUAUAUCAAUAGGACAUGAUUGUUUUGAAGAACAUUUAAGGGAAUGUAUACCAUUAACAUCAAUGAAUAUAGAAAAUCUACAAUUUAUCAGUGAAGAAAGAAUAUUUAUGAAUGAACCAGUGUUAAAUAUUUUCAAGAAAAAUAUUAAUGAAUUUAUUAUUCCAUCUUCAAUUACUAAAUUAGGUGGUCAUUGUUUUUAUAGAUGUAGAUCAUUAACGUCAAUUAAUAUACCAACAACAAUUAGUAAAAUAGGAAAGUAUUGUUUUGAAUAUUGUAAAUCAUUAAGAAGAAUUAAGAUACCAUCAUCAAUUAGUAAAUUAGGAGAUGGUUGUUUUUAUGAAUGUUCAUCAUUAAAAUCAUUUUAUAUACCAACAACAGUUAGUAAAAAAGCAGCUAAUUGUUUUGAUGGGUGUUCAUCAUUAAGAUCAAUUAAUAUUCCAACACCAAUUAUUAUGUCACUUGGCAAUGACGAAUUUACCGACUGUUCAUCAUUAGUCAAUAUAAAUAUAGAAAAUGUAAAGUUUAUAUGUGAAGAUAAAGUAUUUAUACAUGAACCAGUGUUAGUUAGUUUUAAUACACCAGAUAACCUACGAAAAAUAAAUGGAAAGAAGAUUAAAAUGAAAGAUAUUAAUGAGUUUAUUAUUCCAUCAACAAUUACUAAAUUAGAUGAUCGUUGUUUUUUUGGAUGUGAGUUAUUGACAUCAAUCACAAUUCCAACAACAAUUAGUGAAUUAGGAGAUUAUUGUUUUCGUUGUUGUGCAUCAUUAAAAUCAAUUACACUUCCAACAACAAUCAGUGAGGUAACACAUUGUUGUUUUAAUGAAUGUUGUUCAUUAAGUGAAGUUAUAUUACCAACAACAAUUAGUGAAUUACACUAUGGAUGUUUUUAUCUAUGCUUAUCAUUAACAUCAAUUAACAUACCAUCAUCAAUUACAUCAUUUGGGGAUGGUUGUCUCGGUAAAUGUAAAUGCACAGAAGAGUUAAAGAAGAAUAAAACAAUACCAAGAAAUGCUUUUUCAUACAUAUAUUGA